AGCAAUUAGGCUCAGUCCGGGGAGAGCGAGCGAGCGAGCGGGCGGCGCAGCCGGCGUGUCUGGGCUGCCUCGCAGGGAGGGAGGGGGCGGCCGGCCGCCCGGCGGCGACCCCGGGCCCCGGCCGCCACCAUGGGCUUCGAGCUGGACCGCUUCGACGGCGACGUGGACCCGGACCUGAAGUGCGCACUGUGCCACAAGGUCUUGGAGGACCCGCUGACCACGCCGUGCGGCCACGUCUUCUGCGCCGGCUGCGUGUUGCCUUGGGUGGUGCAGGAGGGCAGCUGCCCGGCGCGCUGCCGCGGUCGCCUGUCGGCCAAGGAGCUCAACCACGUCCUGCCGCUCAAGCGCCUCAUCCUCAAGUUGGACAUCAAGUGCGCGCACGCGGCGCGCGGCUGCAGCCGGGUGGUCAAGCUGCAGCAGCUGCCCGAGCACCUUGAGCGCUGCGACUUCGCGCCCGCGCGGUGCCGCCACGCGGGCUGCGGCCAGGUGCUGCUGCGGCGCGACGUGGAGGCGCACAUGCGCGACGCGUGCGACGCGCGGCCGGUGGGCCGCUGCCAAGAGGGCUGCGGGCUGCCCCUGACGCACGGCGAGCAGCGCGCGGGCGGCCACUGCUGCGCGCGGGCCCUGCGGGCGCACAACGCGGCGCUGCAGGCCCGCCUGGGCGCGCUGCACAAGGCGCUCAAGAAGGAGGCGUUGCGCGCGGGCAAGCGCGAGAAGUCGCUGGUGGCGCAACUGGCCGCGGCGCAGCUGGAGCUGCAGAUGACCGCCCUGCGCUACCAAAAGAAGUUCACCGAGUACAGCGCGCGUCUCGACUCGCUCAGCCGCUGCGUGGCCGCGCCGCCCGGCGGCAAGGGUGAAGAAACCAAAAGUCUGACUCUUGUCCUCCAUCGGGACUCUGGUUCCCUGGGAUUCAAUAUUAUUGGUGGCCGGCCGUGUGUGGACAAUCAAGAUGGAUCAUCCACUGAAGGAAUCUUUGUAUCCAAAAUAGUUGACAGUGGGCCCGCAGCCAAGGACGGAGGCCUGCAAAUUCAUGACAGGAUUAUUGAGGUCAACGGUAAAGACUUAUCCAGAGCGACUCAUGACCAGGCUGUGGAAGCUUUCAAGACCGCCAAAGAGCCCAUUGUGGUACAGGUGUUGAGGAGAACGCCUCGGACCAAAAUGUUCACACCUCCGUCAGAGUCGCAGCUGGUGGACACAGGAACCCAAACCGACAUCACCUUCGAGCACAUCAUGGCCCUCACCAAGAUGUCCUCUCCCACCCCACCUGUGCUGGAUGCCUAUCUCCUGCCAGAGGAGCACCCCUCGGCCCACGAGUACUAUGAUCCCAGUGACUACAUUGGAGGCGUCCAUCAGGAAAUGGACAGGGAGGAACUGGAGUUGGAGGAAGUGGAUCUGUACAGAAUGAACAGCCAGGACAAGCUGGGCCUCACCGUGUGCUACCGGACUGAUGAUGAAGAUGACAUUGGGAUUUACAUAAGUGAGAUCGACCCUAACAGCAUCGCGGCCAAGGAUGGGCGCAUCCGAGAAGGAGACCGCAUUAUCCAGAUUAAUGGGAUAGAGGUACAGAACCGUGAAGAGGCUGUGGCUCUCCUAACCAGUGAAGAAAACAAGAACUUUUCCUUGCUGAUUGCUAGGCCCGAACUCCAGCUGGACGAGGGCUGGAUGGACGACGACCGAAACGACUUUCUGGACCACUUGCACAUGGACAUGCUAGAGGAGCAGCACCACCAGGCCAUGCAGUUCACUGCCAGCGUGCUGCAGCAGAAGAAGCAUGAAGAAGACGGGGGGACCACAGAUACAGCCACCAUCCUGUCCAACCAGCACGAGAAGGACAGCGGUGUGGGACGCACCGACGAGAGCACGCGCAAUGACGAGAGCUCGGAGCAAGAGAACAACGGGGACGACGCCACCGCGUCGUGCACCCCGCUGGCCGGGCAGAGGAAGCUCACGUGCAGCCAGGACACCCUGGGCAGCAGCGACCUGCCGUUCAGCAACGAGUCCUUCCUGUCGGCCGACUGUGCCGACGCCGACUACCUGGGCAUCCCCGUGGACGAGUGCGAGCGCUUCCGGGAGCUCCUGGAGCUCAAGUGCCAGGCCAAGAGUGGCAGCCCCUACAGCCUGUACUACGCCAGCAGCCCCCUAGACGCCAGCAAGAGCGACCCCGAGAGCGUGGACAAGGAGCUGGAGCUGCUGAACGAGGAGCUGCGCAGCAUCGAGCUGGAGUGCCUGAGCAUCGUGCGGGCACACAAGAUGCAGCAGCUCCGGGAGCAGUACCGCGAGUCGUGGAUGCUGCACAAUAGCGGCUUCCGCAACUACAACACCAGCAUUGAUGUCCGCAGGCACGAGCUGUCGGACAUCACCGAGCUCCCCGAGAAGUCCGACAAAGACAGCUCGAGCGCCUACAACACGGGCGAGAGCUGCCGCAGCACCCCGCUCACCCUGGAAAUGUCCCCCGACAACUCCCUGAGGAGAGUGGCAGAGGGCAGCAGCUGCGCGGGCAGCGAGGGGGCCGCGGGGAGCACGGAAGCCUAUGGGCCGGCCCCCAAGAACCUGCUCUCCAUCACCGAGGAUCCCGAGGUGGGCAGCGCCAGCUACAGCCCAACUCCUCCUCCUCCUCGAGAGCUGGAGGCCGGCCCGGCCCCGGAGAGCAGGGAGCGGAGGCCCAGCGACGACAGCGGGAGCCCGGGCCCCGGCCCCAAGCUCGGCGGCUCCUACCUGGCGCCCUUCCCGCACUCGCCCUACAAACACGCCCACAUCCCCGCACACGCGCAGCACUACCAGAGCUACAUGCAGCUGAUCCAGCAGAAGUCGGCCGUGGAGUAUGCGCAGAGCCAGAUGAGCCUGGUGAGCAUGUGCAAGGACCUGACCUCGGCCGGCCAGGCGGAAGCCAGGAUGGAGUGGAAAGUGAAGGUCCGCAGCGACGGCACGCGCUACAUCACCAAGCGGCCGGUGCGGGACCGCCUGCUGCGCGAGCGCGCGCUCAAGAUCCGCGAGGAGCGCAGCGGCAUGACCACCGACGACGACGCGGUGAGCGAGCUGAAGCUGGGGCGCUACUGGAGCAGAGAGGAGAGGAAGCAGCACGUGGUGAGGGCCAAGGAGCAGAAGCGCAGGCGCGAGUUCAUGAUGCAGAGCCGGCUGGAUUGCUUGAAGGAGCAGCAAGCCGCCGACGACAGGAAGGAGAUGAACAUCCUUGAACUGAGCCACAAAAAGAUGAUGAAGAAGAGGAACAAAAAGAUAUUUGACAAUUGGAUGACAAUCCAAGAACUCUUAACCCACGGCACAAAAUCACCAGAUGGCACGAGAGUAUACAAUUCCUUCUUAUCCGUGACUACUGUAUAAUUUUCACUUCUGCGUGGUGUACAUAAAAGAGAACGCUACCAUUGGGGUAGAAAUUCCUGCCUCGUUCAAUGCGGCAAGUUUUUGUAUAUAAGAUAAAUACGGUCAUCCUGUUUAUAGUCACAAUUGGCCAACGCUGCAACUCUGGGUGUCAAUAGCUCUCUUAGUUUUAAGUGGAGAAAAACCACCCUUAACUGUCUUGGAAGGCAAUAUUAACAAACAGAGCCUUUUUUCAAAUAGCAGUUGUACUUUUUUACUUGCUACCUUUUACAUAAAGUGUUUAAAUUUCAAAAAGAUCUUUUAUUAAGCAUACUUUCACAGAAUAAUUUGUUUAAACUAUAUUCAUAUAAAAAAGUUAAACACGUUUUUUCUGCCGAAAACACAAAUAGAACCCCCAGUGUGUAGUUUUAAUGGAACCCUAUUUUAUAAUGUUACUUUGUUGAAUGUGUUUCAUAUGGGUAACCAUUAAUAUAUAAUUUAGCUCAAGGCUUCAAUUCAAAACUCCCAAACUGUGUGGUUCAGGAUUUAAUACACAUAACCAAACCAGCAGUGUUUAGAGUUGGGAUACACACUUAAACAUUUUUUCUGGUUAAAGUUCCCAAGAUCGUAAAGGUUUUACCGGAAAGCAAAAUAUCAUGCAGCUUUAUGGAAGUUUAAAGCAUGUUUGCAAAUAUUGCAGCCCGAUGGAAGAAUUUGCAUGUACAGGAAAGUUGUGGAUGGAGGUGGUUUGUGGAAUUUUAAGUGCUCAUUGUAGUAAACCUUUGCUUUGUAGAUUUGAAGGGACAGAGUUUUACAAGCAAGCUCACGAAAUCAUGAUUAGUUACAAACAUUAAGUAAAAUGAAGUUAAAAUAAAUUAUUUUCUAUUUGACAUAUUUUGAAGUGAUUCCUCUUUUUUUUUUUUUUUUUUUUUUGCAGUGGUGCUUACAAAAUAAAAGCGUUUUGCAGUACUUCUUUUUUUCUACCAUUACAUUAUCUACUUCCUUGGGAAUAUUUGAGUCUUUCAGAUCAUCCAGUACCUUCAUUCUGCCCAGAACCCAAAGACAGACCUGUCACUGAAGAGGAAGGAAUCAAACUCACCAUUGAAUCCUGCAUUCUGACUGCUGUCUUGCAGAAAGCCUCAACCUGGCCCAGUUAUCCUGGAAGCAAGUAUGAGCAAGUUGAUCACUCAGGGUCGUGUUUACAAUGAAAUCUCUUUGGUUUAUUGCAACCAUUACUGUCUGCCGGUAAAACAACUCUGGGUGGCUAGACCCAACUUCCCAUUUCUGCAAACUAUCUCAUAUUUUCACAGAAUAACCUAGGUCACCAAAGUGAGUGGGUUUUAAAACUGGUAUCUUUCAGAAUCCCAACCAUCCCCAGGAUCUUAAAUAAUGAAUUUGCUACAAAUUGUUCCCAUGUUGACACCAACUGCAGCUGUAAGACU